GAGGAGGACGGAAGCAUGCGCAGAAGCAGAGGGAGCCAGGACUGGUUAGUGGCAGCUGCCAUGUUUCUGGCGGUGCUGACCUCUGUACGCCUCAGAGGGGCCGUGGCUUUAUUACUAAGAUUUCGGAGUACCCUAGUAAUAGUUGAGCAUGAGAAUGAUGCACCAGCAUCCAUUACAUUAAAUACAGUGACUGCAGCCACACAGCUUGGUGGAGGAGUAUCUUGUUUAGUAGCUGGAACCAAAUGUGAUGUAGUGGCCCGGGAUCUGUGUAAGGUGAAGGGUGUAACCAAGGUCCUGGUGGCUCAGCAUGACAUGUUCAAAGGACUCCUUCCAGAGGAACUGACACCUUUAAUUCUGGCAACACAUCGGCAGUACAAUUACACACACAUCUGUGCUGGAGCAUCAUCCUUUGGGGAGAACUUGUUGCCCAGAGUAGCAGGCAAACUUGAUGUUUCUCAGAUUUCUGACAUCAUUCAAAUCAAGUCGCCAGAUACUUUUGUAAGAACUCUUUAUGCAGGAAAGAUUAUAUGUACUGUUAAGUGUGAGGAGAAAGUCAAGGUGUUCUCUGUUCAAGGUACUGCGUUUGAGACAGCGGCCACAAGUGGGGGAAAUGCCAGUGUAGAGAAUGCACCCACUAUCUCCCCAGUGGGGUUGUCUGAAUGGCUUCACCAGACAUUACUAAAAAAUGAUUGGCCACAUCUGACUAGUGCCAAGUCGGUGGUAUGUGGAGGACUUGGUUUGAAGACUAGGGAGAAUUUUAAGCUAUUAUAUGACUUGGCAGAACAGCUGCGUGCUUCAGUUAGUGCUACCCUUGCUGCUGUUAAUGCAGGCUUUGUGCCCAAAGACCUGUUAGUUGGAGAGAGAGGAAAAAACAAAACACCGAAGCUAUAUGUUGCUGUGGGCAUAUCCGGGUUCAUGCAACAUUUGGCAGAAAUAAAAGACAGCAAGACCAUUGUAGCCAUCAAUGAGGAUCCGGAAGCCCCAAUUUUCCAGGUGGCAGACCUUGGAAUAGUUGCAGAUUUAUUUAAGGUGGUCCCUGAGUUGACUGAGCUAUUAAAGAAGAAACAAUGAA